AUGGCUGACUUUCGCCAACAACAGCAACAACUUCAGAGACCUGGUGGCCAAGGCAUCCCUGACAUCCUACCUGGAAAGGGUCCUUCAACUUUCCAGGUUUUAGCUGUUUUAACCUUGUUACCUGUUGGUGGCACCCUUCUUUUCCUUGCAGGUCUCACUCUUGUUGGGACACUUAUCGGGCUAGCUGUGACAACUCCAAUUUUUGUGAUUUUUAGCCCAGUUUUGGUCCCUGCAGCUCUUGUCAUAGGCUUGGGCGUGCUUGGAUUUUUAACAUCUGGUGCUUUUGGGGUCACUGCGCUCUCUUCACUCUCUUGGAUGGCCAGCUAUAUUGGGAGCUUGAUCAGAGGGCCCUUGCCACAAAAAUUGGAUCAGGCAAAGCGGAAGACACAGGAAACAGCAGGACAAGUGGGCCAGAAAGCUAGGGAUAUGGGCCAGAAUGUUCAGAGUAAGGCCCAGGACGUGACAAAGGGUGGUCAAGCUGGCCAAGAGGUCGGAAAGACAUGA